AUGGCGAAUCUUGAUCCCACAAAGUGGCCUCGCACUCCAGAGCUGUACAACUUGCUUUUGGAUCGGAAACGCAGUUUUCAAGUUAGGUACAAGACCCACUGGCUGCUGAAGGCCCCAGUGCAAGAUGGGAAAUCUUCACAAGCUAUCAUCGUUCGUAUCCCACAUGCUCUCAUCGUCCUAAUACUAAGCUCGGUCCAACCACAGUGCAUAGAAUUCGAGCCACUCACGCGAGAGAUCUUCUCCUGGAAGGUCAUAAAAGACCCCAAACGUCUGCUCAACAUCACGUAUAUGCAGAACGUGGAACAGACAUUUGACGCGCUGCCGCAGCAGAGUGCGGAACUCACGCUGAAGGACAUCACACGCUUCGGUGGCAGGUAUCUGACGGCAUUCGAUCGCUGGUGGAUCCACAUCCCUCCGACCCGCACCUAG